UGCCCGCGAAUAAACUUGUUUUUCUCACUCCCACGCGCUUCCCCUCCCUCUCUCACGCUCCCACAAAAACCCUAGGCCUCGCGCCUCGCCGCCGCCAACCGCCUCCUCGCGGCCGCCUUCCUCCUCCCGACGAACAAGUUUUCGCGCGCUAGAUUCUUCCGGGGAGGUGUCGUGGGCAGCUGGCGAUGGGGGCGGAGCUGCGGCGCGACGAUAUGGAGGUGGCGGAUGAGGCCAUCAGCGACUCCGAGGCGUUCUGGAUGGUGGAGCACGUGCUCCAGUCCGUGCGAAUGGAUCCAUUCCUAGUUGAUCUGAGGGACAAGGAUCAGUAUGAUAUCCUGCUCAGCAUUGUAGACUCUACCAAAAAAAGGAGUCCUGAUGAUGAAGCUUUGCUUGUUACCACUUUGAAGGCACUGUCAGAAGCAGUAUCCAAGAUAGACAUCAUAUACCAUCAUGCACUAUUGCACAAUAUAUUUACCACGUGCAUCUGGUACUUCCACAGAGACACAAGGGAUACACUUUUGGAUUUAAUCACCCGAUUGGCUGCUGUGGCAGACCAGUUCCUUAGAGAAUGUUUGCAGAUGCUUGUGAAUAACUUCACUCCACCUGGACCACUUAUUCUGUUCAUGGAGCAGCCAAGAUGGUUUGCAAGGAAGAAAGAAAUCUAUUCUCAGUUGCAUGAGAGUUUGAAAAUGAUUUCUGACACUGUACCAUUAGCACCAAGGAUGUUAAAGGAUAUAAUAGAUAGGAGUAUGCCAAAGUUAUUUGAUAACAAAGCUAAGAUGGUAUCGUUUGUCGAGUGCAUGUUGGGUCUUGAUAUUGACAGAAUGGGGGACCUUAUUGGAGCUUUAUUGUUGGCGAAAGUUGUGGAUCUACUUACGGAAUUGGACGUUAAUAUAACUUGGGAAGACAUUCUUCAAGAGGAACAUAACAAAGGUAUAUUCGACAUGGAGCUUGAAGAUUUGGAUGAGGAUGAGGAUAACCUUGGCCAAGAAGGAACAAAGGCCCUUUUUGGAGGAAAUGCCUGUGCCGAAAAACUUGAUGGUUUAAUGGUUGUUGUGUGCGAGCACCUUAAGUCAUGCGCAGAAAAUGGUCGCUUACCCAAGGAAUUUGACAUUCUGAAGACCAUCUUUCGAGCAUCUGUCCUGAGGGUGCACAAAUCCAAAUUUGCCCAGUUUAUCAUGUUUUAUGCCUGUUCACUGGAUCCUGAAAUCUGUGGUCUUGAGUUUGCCCUUUUUCUUACUGACAUUUUCACUAAGAAGGAAGAGGAUCCAAUAUCUAGAAUGUCUGCAGUUUCAUAUGUUGGAAGCUAUCUGUCCAGGGCAAGGUUCAUUUCCGCGGAUACAGUUGUUGGUGUACUCAAAAGGUUAGUGGACUGGUGUGUUGACUACUGCGACCUUCAGAAUAACAGAGGGACGACGACCAAGGCUGUAAAUCAUCAAAUAUUUUAUGCUACCUGCCAGGCUGUGAUGUAUAUCCUUUGCUUUCGCUUGAGGUCUAUUAUGGACUACCCAAAUCUUAAAUCACAGCUUUUUCAAAUGCCGAUCGGAUAUAUCUUUACCCACCCACUGGAGCCUCUAAAGGUAUGUUUGCCUUCAAUAGUAAACGAAUUCCUGAGACAGGCUAAGGCUGCAAGGCUGUUCAAUGCAUCUUUGGAUUCAGCAUUUGAAGACUCAAUUGAAUCUGAUUUAUCAAAGGCUUUUGGGGGACUUAAUAGACUUGACAUGUUCUUCCCAUUUGAUCCAUAUUUGCUGAAAGAAUCUGACAGAUAUAUGCGUCCAAAUUUUGAGUUCUGGUCCAUGGUCAAGACAACAUACAGCAACAGCAACAGUGAUGAUGAUGAUGAGCUUGGGGACCUUGAUGCACCUGAAAUGAAUGUGGGCAGCUUGGAUGACCAUGUUGAGAUAGAUUUCAACAGUGAUGACGACUUGGAAUAUUCGAUGAACAAGAUGUCCAUAACGCCGCGCCGCUCUUUCUACCAUCCAGUGACUAUGAACAGUGAUUCUGGCCUUAGCAUGCCUGCGAGGAUCAGACCUUCAGUGAGCCCUCCAUCAUAGUUGGGCGUUACAAGAUUGUUUCAGCCAACUUGUUCUUCACAUCAUGGACAACGGCCGGAUGCUAUGAGAUGCAUGUGCUGACUGCUGAGGGAGGUGGCAGAUUAUAUGACUAUCAAACAUAUAUGGGAUCUUUCUUUCAUAGUUGGUAGUAGGGUUUAACAGCCCAUUCUUUUGCAAUGUGUUCAGCCCAAGCAGGUUAUCUUUGGGAUGAAGUGUAAAGUAAACAUGUGUUACAAAAAAGAGAGUGAAAAGUGGUUGAGAUUAUGUACCAAAUUACUAGUGUUUGAUGUAGAAUGGUCCAUCGAAAGAUUCAUAUUGGGACGUCAACGAUCUAACGUGGCAGACACAUUGAUUGGUGUUGUUUCUAUUAUGUAUCUUUAUUUAA